AUGGGAAACUCUGCUCAAAAGCCGUCAGCUGUGGGAAAUUCCGCUCAAAAGCUACCAGAGAUUGAAGAUAUCAUGGACGAGGUUGAACUUUCAAGCACCGAGGUAGGAUAUCCAGUCCCAACAAGUCCCACCCCGUUGGACGAUAUUUUUGAGCGCAAAGAACGCUGGUUAACAGAUACUUUUAAUAAUGGUAGCGAUGACACAGAAUUAUUGAAGAGUUUAAACCUUAUUACAAUGGACCUGAACACGAUGUCAGAUGAAUAUGUCGACGAUGAUGCGACUGUUCGCCCACCUACUGCUAUUACUGAAAAAAGAUUGGCUUUCCCAUUUGCUACGAUUGACAAUCAUGCAAGGAUGGCUGAUCCAAAGUUACUUGAUUCCUUUGAAGAUCUUAUCGAGUAUUUGACGAAGCCGUUGUUGCACGAUCAAUAUAUAAAAAUAAAAACAGCAAGAGCCAUACUUGUAUGGCUGAGCCGACAGAACCUUGAGGAGAAGAAUUAUGGCAAAAAGGGCACAGACACACCACGAGGCUUAAUCCAGUACCUAAAAGAGGAGAAAAUGUCAUACACUACAUGUUACGCUAUACUUUGCAGAAAAGCUGGCCUGCAGUGUGCUGUUAUAAAAGGGUAUGUUAAGGGUAUAACAAAUGCUGGCGAUGACGGCUCACAAAUUCUUUCGUCUUGGAAUGCUGUAUAUGGAGAAACAGGGUGGCAAAUUGUCCAAGCCUACUGGACAUGCAGGGCCAUUUUUGGUUACAGCUCUGGGAAAUGGACAAAAGUUGAAGAAGAUGGAAAAACGAUGUCAAAAAAGGGAAAAGCCUCCCCCGGAACAGAAAAGAAUAUUUUCGAUGAGAGAUAUUUCAUGCCUGAUCCAGAGCAGUUCAUUUACCAGUGUGCUGAAAACAAGGAAUGGCAAUUGUUUCCUCCAUGUUCAAUUGUAUCAUCUUAUGCAAAGUUUGCAAAGAAACCUAUUUUACACUUUUCUUUCUUUGAUCUCGGGCUUCAGCUGAUUAGUGAACAAAACUGUGUUUUAGAAACCAAAGAUGGCUUCUGUAAAAUUGAACUGAAAGCAAAACCAAGUAAUGCUCACCUGAUUACAUUGAGUUACGAGCUGUAUAGAAAAAAGGCCGAUUUUGAAUUAAAUGGUGAAAAAGAGAAUGGAAUUGAAGGGGAAACAGACGAUGAAGAAGAUUUUGCUAGAAUGGUUUUCAAUACGAGAGCUGCUGAAGUAUUCACGUUUGACAUGAGGUUUCUCAGAAGCGGAAUUUAUAAAUUGAAUAUAAGAGGCGGUCCACACACAUCACAUUAUCAAUCUUUAUGCCAAUUUAAAGUUGUGUGUAAGAAAGGAAUGGUUGGUCGUGGCCUUUUACCUAUUGAUUGCGGUAAAAUCGGAUGGGGUCCAGGACCAACAGCAAAAGAAGCUGGCCUUCUAUUACCAUCUAAACCAAGUGGGCUCAUAUCCGUGAGUACAACUGAUCGGAAGACAGACGUAAAAUUUCAGCUGCGUGACAUGACAGAAAAAAAUAUACUGCAGUUGUACAUGGUGAAGUAAGUGGGCGUAGACAGAAACUAGACAAUUCCGUGCAAGUUCAGAAAAUUGAACACGCUCAUCAGCUUAUUGUCGACGUUUCCCUUCCAGAUAACGGAGAAUAUGGUCUAUCAAUACAACACAUGGAUAAAAAGAAACAAGAUAGUGAGUGGGAGAAUGUCUGUCACUAUCUUAUAUCAACAUUGAC